AUGUCUGUCGUCUACCGUGCAGAUGAGAAGGUGCCUCACCUUACCGAUGAGCUCGACGGGGAGACCACCUCGCAAGACCUCAAGGAUGGAGUUGAAGAAGUCGCGCAGCAAGAUGCCGAUGCCGCUAUCAAAGAAAAGUUUACUUAUGAGCAAGAGCAAAAGCUGCUUCGCCGAGUGGAUUGGCGUUUACUUCCUCUUCUGAUCCUGGCCUACUUGCUCAAGAACUUGGAUGGAAAUAGUAUCAGCUAUGCCAAAGUCAUAUCCUCCGGUAAAUCCACCAACAUUCUCAAAGAGCUCAACAUCACCACCGACUACUACGCCUGGACAUCUACCAUCUUUACCAUUCCAUUCAUCCUCGCCGAGGUCCCGUCAAACCUCUUGAUCAAGAAGCAGACCCCUCGUCUACAUGUGUUGAGAAUCGUAGUCCUAUGGUCGAUCGCAGCGGGGUGUCAUGCGGCCGCUCAGAAUGGGGCGGGUUUGUUGACGACGAGAUUCUUCCUUGGUUUGUUCGAGGCAGGGCUGUACCCUGGAAUCCUGUACCAUGUUGUCUGCUGGUACCGUCCGGAUGAACUUGCCGUUCGUAUGGCCAUUCUGGGCCUACUGGGUCAAUUCUCUGGUAUCCUGGCGGCCCUGCUUGCGUACGGCAUAGAGUUUAUUGAUGGACGAGGAGGUAUCAGCGCCUGGAGAUGGAUGUUCGUCAUCGAAGCACUGAUGGGCGCCGCCCUCGCCUUGCCUGUUUAUUUCUUCCUCCCCGACUUCCCCGAUACUGCCAAAUGGCUCACCCCUGACGAACGACACUUUCUCGUCGCCCGUCUGCCCCCCAACGCUGCCCGGGCCACCGACAAGGCUUUCGACAGGAAAGGUGUAUCGGAUGCGCUGAAGGAUCCGUUGCUUUACGCUUUCACUUUCAUGCAGAUGUUCUCUAAUCUGGGGGCUUAUGGCUUGUCAUUCUGGUUGCCAAGUAUCAUUGCGAGCUUUGGGUUCACCACGACUCAAAGUAGUCAGCUUCUCAACAUCCCUCCCGCAGUCUUGGGGAUCGCCACGUGUAUUCUCUUCGCAUGGAUGAUCGACCGCACAUUCGAUAUCCCCAGACCUUGGUACGGUGUCGUCUCCAAGGUCGUCACUAUCGGCGCCUUCAUUGCCCUAGCCACGGUCACCAACAAGCCUGCGCUCUACGCCCUUACCAUCAUCGCCACGGUGGGAUCAUCUGCGUUUACAGCUGUCUUGAUGCCAUGGCGCGCCCAGUCUCUGAAAGGGUCGACCAACGCCGCUUUUGCAUUCGCGUUCCAAAAUGGUCUUUCGCAGAUCUCUGGUAUCAUCGGCCCACAAGUGUUCCGCUCCAAAUACGCUCCCCGAUACACCAUCCCUUACGUUGUCUGUAUCGUGUUUCUCGUGCUCUCAUUCCUCGCACUGCUGGUCACGUGGUACCUCAGUGCGGCUCUCGAGAAGGAAACGCGAAGAGUGGCCAAGGUUAGAAGCUCGGAGGCAAAGGCGAAUAGAAUCACGCAGGAUGAAGUGGUGUUCAGGCGCUAG